AUGGAGCCGCGGUCCCGCCGCGUCGCCGCGGCGGCGCUCCUCGUCGUCGCGUGGUUCGGCGUGCUCGCCCCCCUGCACAAAGCGCAGAGCCCCGCGGCCCUCGACGCCGUCGGCGCCAAGCCCAACAACGCGGCGCCGCCCGGCGAGGACGCCGGGGGCGACGCCGACGCCCUCGCGACGGCGACGGCGACGAUCCCCGACGCCGAUGCGCUCAUGCCCCUCUACGCGACGGUGGCCGUGAAGUUCGGAAGCGACUUCGUCGGGUCGACGCUCUCCGUGUCCGUCGAGUACAAGCCGCGCAAGGGCUCGUCGCUGCCGAGCCUCUGGACGGCGCCGGAGACGUUUCUCGUCGACGGGAUGAGCGCGACCUACAGCGUGGACCUCUUCCGCCUGCGGGCGGCCCAGGACUACGUCUACCGCGUCUUCGCGGCGGCCGAGGGCGCCGCGGCCGUCGAGGUCGCGGGCGGCUACUUCACGGCGCAGUCCACGGGCUGGCACCGCUUCGACAGUGGCGCCUACGCCGCCGUCUCCGGCGACGCGCCGUCCUUCGAGGUCGGCGCGUUCGCGGUCUACCCGUCCUACACGGCGCACGAGCAGGCGAAGCAGUGGUUCCAGGGGCUCGUCGCGGUGGACGCGGAGGGCUGGGUCGUCUGGAUGUACUCGCUCUGCAUGCUCGAGGCCUGGGACUUCCUGCCGGACCACACCAUCGCCCUCAUCGCUCGGUCCGACGGGUCCUGCAGCGAGCUCACGGACCACGGCAAGGGGACCUCGGCGAAAUCGUUCAAGGGCGAGGACGGGUCGCUCUACGAGGCCAACAGCCAGCUCCAGAAGAUCUUGCCGGACGGGACUCUGGUGACCCAGUUCAUCGAGUCCUGCGGCGACGGUCCUCUGAACUUCAACAAGCUCUCGCACGAGUGCCGCGUCGACAAGAACUCCAAGGACCUUCAAGUCUUAACGACGCAGUACAAGGCCAUGGUCGUGCCCAACGUCAGCGUGCCCCUCAAGAUGGGGCCGACGCAGACCCUGGUGGAGCACGUCGACACCUUCGCGACGACGGAGGUCGUCGCCUGGGACCACGAGGCCAACGCCGUCAGCACGCUCUACGACCUCAACGACGUCUUCUCGCCGACGUCCGCGGGCGCGUUCUUCGAGACGACGGCCUGGAACAGCGUGCACAUGACCUGCGCCGGCGCGUCCGCGCGCAACGCCAUCGAGUUCCACCACGUGUCGUCGAUCUCCGUCGGCCGCGACGACAACAUUCUCGUGUCGUCGCGGAACCUGGACACGAUCUGGUCCCUGAAGCGCGACGGGAGCGGGCUGCAGUGGACGCUGAGCUCCCACGACGAGGUCGGCUCCGACUUUACCUUCGAGCGCGACCUCGACAAGUUCUACCAGCCCCACGCGGUCAUCCAACUCGACAACGGCAACAUCGUCAUGAUGGACGACGGCACGGACCGGCCGGGCUGCACGAUCAUGCGCACGGGCCAGUGCUUCAGCCGGGCCAUCAUGUACCGCCUCGACCGGGAGGCCAUGGUCGCGCGCGUCGUCUGGCAGUUCGAGGCGCCCGACGACGUCACGGGCCUCUACCGGUCGCCCGAGGACAUGCAGACCUUCGCGCAGCGGUCGACCUGGAACGAGGUCGGCGGCUCCGUCUACCGCCUCGCCAACGGCCACUACCUCGUCGCCUUCUCCUCCGUCGAGUCCGACGACGAGAACCCCAAGGGCGCCGCGUCCAUCUUCGAGCUCGACGCAGGGCAGCAAAAGGGUGAUUCAACGCUCGACGUCGACGGCAACCGCACGCUCGCGACGAAGCUCGACAUCCCCACGCCCCUGUCCAACGUCGGCAUGCAGAACGGCUACCGCUUCACGCCCUGGUCCUCCAUCGGCGGCGAGGCCGCCGGCGACCCGUUCAACGCGACCGCGGCGCGGUAG